GCAUGAGCCAUGAGCCCAAGUCCCCUUCGCUAGGGAUGCUUUCCACCGCGACCAGGACCACCGCCACCGUCAACCCCCUCACCCCCUCGCCACUCAAUGGCGCCUUGGUGCCCAGUGGCAGCCCGGCCACCAGCAGCGCGCUGUCAGCCCAGGCCGCGCCUUCCUCCAGCUUUGCCGCUGCACUGCGCAAGCUCGCCAAACAGGCGGAGGAGCCCAGAGGGUCCUCGCUGAGCAGCGAGUCAUCUCCCGUGUCCUCUCCGGCCACCAACCACAGCUCCCCUGCCAGCACGCCCAAGCGCGUGCCCAUGGGCCCCAUCAUCGUCCCCCCCGGGGGCCACAGCGUCCCCAGCACACCCCCCGUGGUGACCAUCGCCCCCACCAAAACGGUCAAUGGCGUCUGGAGGAGUGAGAGCCGCCAGGACGCGGGCUCUCGGGGCGGCAAUGGCAGCGGUCGGGAACGCCUCAUCGUGGAGCCGCCGCUGGCUCAGGAGAAGGCAGGCGGCCCAGCUGUCCCCUCCCACCUGCUCAGCGCCCCGUACCCCUUCGGGCUCUCCCCCAGCUCGGUCAUGCAGGAUUCCCGCUUUCCGCCACUCAACCUCCAGCGGCCUGUGCACCACGUGGUGCCUCCCAGCACGGUGACCGAGGAUUACCUGAGAAGCUUCCGGCCCUACCACACCGCAGAGGACCUGCGCAUGUCCUUGCCCCCGCUCGGCCUGGACCCGGCCACUGCCGCUGCCUACUACCACCCCAGCUACCUGGCCCCGCACCCCUUCCCGCACCCCGCCUUCAGGAUGGAAGACUCCUACUGCCUGUCCGCCCUGAGGUCUCCGUUCUACCCCAUCCCCACCCCUGGCUCCCUGCCUCCGCUGCAUCCCUCGGCCAUGCACCUCCACCUCUCAGGCGUCCGCUACCCGCCGGAGCUCUCGCACUCGUCCCUGGCGGCGCUGCACUCGGAGCGCAUGUCGGGGCUCAGCCCCGUGCAGCACCCCUUGCACCCGGUGCCCACGCCACACCACACCAUCCCCAGCCUCAUCUCCAGCCACGGUGUCUUCUCCCUGCCGGCCGGCAGUGCCGCCAGCCUGCUGCUGCAGCGCACCAACGAGGAGGAAAAAUGGCUGGCGCGGCAGCGGCGGCUGCGGCAGGAGAAGGAGGACCGGCAGUCCCAGGUGUCGGAGUUCCGGCAGCAGGUGCUGGAGCAGCACCUGGACAUGGGCCGGCCCCCGGUGCCCACGGAGGCGGAGCCCAGGCUGGAGAGCAGCAGGCCAGGACAAACUCGGCUUGAGCAAGGCAGCCGCGAGGCCCCACAGCACUUUGGUGGGCCACCACCUCUCAUCUCUCCCAAGCCGCAACACCACACAGUACCCACGGCCCUGUGGAACCCAGUGUCUCUGAUGGACACCACCCUCGAGACGAGGCGGGCUGAGAGCCACGCUCUGCACAGCCACCCGGCGGCGUUUGAGCCCAGCCGCCAGGCCGCCGUCCCGCUGGUGAAGGUGGAGCGCGUCUACUGCCCCGAAAAGACAGAGGAGCCCCGGAAGCGCGAGGCCACCCCCCUGGACAAGUACCAGCCCCCAGCACGGGAGGCAGGAAGCCUGGAGCCCCCGGCCUUUCCCCACGGACCUGGGCCCUUUCUGGCUGAGCUUGAGAAGUCUGCACAGACCCUCCUGGGCCAGCAGCGGGUCUCCCUCCCCCCCGCAGCCUCCUUUGGGGAGCUCAGUGGGCCCCUGAAACCUGGCUCACCUUAUCGGCACCCAGCGGCCCGCGGCCCUGACCCUGCCUACGUCUAUGAUGAGGUCCUGCAGCAGCGCCGGAGGCUGGUCAGCAAGCUGGACCUGGAAGAGCGCCGGCGGCGGGAAGCCCAGGAGAAAGGAUACUACUACGACCUCGAUGACUCUUACGACGAGAGUGACGAGGAAGAGGUCAGAGCCCAUCUGCGCUGCGUGGCUGAGCAGCCACCCCUCAAACUGGACACAUCCUCCGAGAAGCUAGAGUUUUUGCAACUUUUUGGCUUGACCACCCAACAGCAGAAGGAGGAGCUGGUAGCCCAGAAGCGGAGGAAGCGUCGGCGGAUGCUGAAGGAGAGAAGCCCAUCCCCACCAGCAGUUCAGAGUAAGCGGCAGAUGCCUUCACCAAGACUGGCACUGUCCACCCGCUACAGCCCGGAUGAGAUGAACAACAGCCCCAACUUCGAGGAGAAGAGGAAGUUCCUGACCAUCUUCAACCUGACCCACAUCACUGCGGAGAAGAGGAAAGACAACGAGAGACUUGUUGAAAUGCUCCGUGCCGCCAAGCAGAGGACACUGUCAGCAGCGGUGGCAGAUUCAAUGACAAGCUCUCCGAGGGACAGUCCUGCCAUCUCCCUGAGCGAACCAGCUGCACAGCCCGCUUCUAUGGAAACAGACAAGCCUGUUGGUAUUGCUGCCUCCUUGUCCGAUGUCCCAAAAGCCGUGGAGACUGGGAGACUGGAACCACUCAGGCCCCAGGAACUGUUGAGAGCCCAGGAGCCAGCUCCUACCAGCGGUGAGAAGGCCAGGCUGAGCGAGGCCCCUGGGGGCAAGAAGAGCCUGAGCAUGCUGCAUUACAUCCGGGGCUCUGCGCCCAAGGACAUUCCUGUGCCAUUGUCCCACAGCAUCAACGGGAAGAGCAAAGCGUGGGAGCCCUUCAUGGCAGAAGAGUUUGCACAUCAGUUCCACGAGUCAGUGCUGCAGUCCACCCAGAAGGCCCUGCAGAAGCAUAAAGGGAGUGUAGCUGUGCUGUCUGCAGAGCAGAACCACAAGGUCGACACCUCUGUCCACUACAACAUUCCUGAGCUGCAGUCAUCCAGCCGGGUCCCUCUACCCCAGCAUAAUGGGCAGCAGGAGCCCCUAGCCGGGAGGAAGGGUCCCCACACACAGGAGCUGGACCAGGACUCAGACGACGAUGAGGAGGAGGGGGACAGUGAAGAGGAAGAUGAAGAAGCCCCCAGGCGCAAGUGGCAAGGAAUUGAGGCAAUCUUUGAAGCUUACCAGGAACACAUAGAAGAGCAAAACCUGGAGCGGCAGGUGUUACAGACACAGUGCCGGCGGCUGGAGGCCCAGCACUACAGCCUCAGUCUGACAGCAGAGCAGCUCUCUCACAGCAUGGCGGAAUUGAGGAGUCAGAAGCAGAAGAUUGUCUCUGAACGGGAGCGACUCCAGGCAGAACUGGACCACUUACGGAAGUGCCUUGCCUUGCCUGCAAUGCAUUGGCCUAGGGGUUACUUUAAGGGAUAUCCAAGGUGACGGUUUCCCUUGCUCUAGGCCGAACCUAUAGUAUAGAAAUAUUAUCUAUUUUAUUACCUUGAAUAUUUAAUAUUUUUCACUGGGAGGUUUGAAGCUUAAAAACGAGAAUGUGCCAUGCAUGAAGCAAAGGAUUUCAGGCUCCAGAAAAAGCAAACGAACGAACUCACCUUGACUUCAAUGCAGUCAAAUCACCUUUGUCACUCAGCGAGCAGCCAGUGUAGGACGCCCAUCAUUUUCCUAAAGGUGGUUAAUUAUCCCCCUUCCCCCACAUCAUUCUUUGGUCUGAAAGCGAAGGCUCCAUUGCCAACACUAAAACAGUAUCACCUAGCACCUUGGUGCGUGGGCCUGGAUCUGACCGGCUGGUCCUGUUUGUCAUGUUGCCGUGCUACUGUGCCCAAGAACCAGGUCUGCUCCUGCUGCAGCGCGGGGUUGGCCUCUUCCUGCCCAGGAGAGACUGGCUCCAGCUGAAAAGAAGGCUGGGUGCAUUGUAAGUAAAGGGCUUGUUUUUUCUGUUUUGUUGUGGGUUUUUUUUGUUUGUUUGUUUGGUUUUUUCAGUUACUUUUCCACAGAAUCGUCUAAAACAACUAGUCCUAGGAGCACACAGAGCAUUCCUAGGCUUUCCCCUGGAAAAGCUCUCAAAGUGAAUCCGCAAACCGAAGGUCCCUUUUUACUACUCCUUGGGGAGAAUGUACAGAGCCCUGUGUGCACGAACUCACACCCACCUCAUUGUUACUGCAGUGGGGAGUGUUUUCAUACAGCGUAAAUUUUGAGAGAAAAGUCAAAGGUGCUUCAGCCUUGUACUGUGUGUAUAUAUAUAUUAAAAAGCAAAGUUUUGUAUGUUUUUAUUACUUUUAAUUGUUAUAAAAAGCCUGCCAUUUUUAAUAUGUGGUUUGGGGGAUUUUUGUUUGUUUGUUUUUCCUGUUUGGGGUUUUGUUUGUUUUUGCUGGGAAAAGAAAAAAAAAAACCCUUGCUUUUAGUGUUUGUACUGCUGCUGGUCAGGAAAUUAAAAUAUUGAAGUUUUUAAAAAUUAAAGAAGAAGAAAAAAAAGUAAAAGAGCUUACCACUGGCGCCUAUGCGAUCACUUCAUUUUUGAUUUGAAUUGCACCAGAAGCGAUGCAGAAAGCCAUGCGUUACUUACCUCCUCCCUCACCCCCGCCCCACAUAUGGACAAGGUAAUAGCAAGUAGACCCCACUGCUGUGAAGUGAGGGGACAGUUUAUGGCGGGAACAAGACAGAUCCUGUGUAAAGCAGCCACAUGCACACAGGGCCCUGGGGCUUUCUAAAAGAACCUUUCAGGAAGUGAACAAUUUCUGCGAUAGAAUUCUGAGAUGCCUGAGAACAGGUGCAGAGUAGAAACUUUAGAAGCUUUAUUUAGAUACAGAGCUUUGUAAAAGCCUCAAGUAGGAUCAACAAUGUCUGAGCUGAAUGCCUCCUCUGAACCUAGCUGACGGGCACAGGGACGGCCACAUUGCUGGAAAGUGUUUCCUCUAGGUCAGGAAGGUCUCUCUAGCAGGGCCGGGACCCUCCCCAUGGGCCCAGGAGUGGGUUGGGGCAAGGGAGGCAGUUUGAGCCCAAUGUCCGCUGGACACACGCUGCCGUGCUCCACGGCCUGAGCUCCUGCCCCUCCUGUGCAGAGCAGCUUGCUGGCAGCUGGCACCGUGUCACUCAUCUGCCCCCACAGUUUGCUUUGUACGCCUGCCAAGGAUCUUCCAGUUAUUAGCAAACGCGAAGUGCCGCCAGUCAAUAAGCUCCUUCUCACCCAAGGCAGCAAGUGGAAAAGAACUAAAAGGCUGUGCUAGGGCCUCAUCCCCUGCAAAGACAUUAAGAGAUGCACAUGUUCCACAGGCGUGGAGAGGGAGCCACACUGCGAGCGACCAGGGCACAGGCACGCUGCCUUUCCUGCAAGUCUCCGUCCCUGGGGUGAAAGCGCACAGCCUGCUGCAGCCCUUCACCCCCAGGCUGCCUCCCACAUCACCAUGGCUGAUGCAUGUGCUAGUCAGGUUUGGUAAUGGCCUUGGCUAAAGGGAAAGGGGAAGUGGCUCUAAUAUGUUACUGGAAAGGUGGGCACGGCCCUCUCCCCACAUCAGCCUGUCAUGGGGCAGGGUGGCACACAGAACAAAGGGUGCAUCCUCAGAAAGGGCUGCCCGGGGUGGAAGCCUGCGCCAGCAAUAACUGCUUUCUCCCAGCCAAAUGGAAACUGCACACCCUUUCUUGCCCUUGGGCCCCUCUGCCCUGCCUCCCCCACUCCCGCCUGCAGAAGUAUCUGAAUAUUCUUCUGCCCAAGAAGUAAUACGACAAUCAGAACCUAAGUACAAAGCAGUGAGGCAGCACACACCAACCACGAAAGAGGCAGAGGGUCUCUUCACGAAGUACCACAAAGACAGUCUACAAUGAUUUUCCCAUCCAACAAUUAGUUUUCAGAGAACACACGGUUUUCCAUUGGGCUUGAUAACACCGCCUCUGAAGCUUUUUGUUCAGUUUUUGCUCAAUGAGUUGAGUACAUCAGAUUUGCUGAUGGAGAGUGGAUUAUGCAACCUGUGUGUCCAUAUUUACGUGAGCAAAUACCUCAUUCCUUCUCAACUGUCUUCCCAUAUCACCUGGAAGCGACAGCUGCCACCUGUCCUGGCAGGGAAUUCACUGAGCUCAGAGGAACACAGCCAGAUGCUAGAUGGUGUGGUUCCCCAUUUAAUCAAUCUUUGAGACAAGUUGCUCUGUUUCAUAGAAUCAGAGCCCAAAUCACAAGUCUGUUCUCAAAUAACCACGAUAGGGUUUUCUAUAGCCCAGUCUUAAGUGGGCAAAACACUUAAUUGACACUAACAUCACAACAGGUUGUACACCAAAGGAUAUUCGGAAUAGUAAAAGGAGCCUACAUCUUCAGCAGCAAAGAAUUACAA